CAUCCACUAGUGCGAUCGGUAGAACCAUGGAUUAGAUAGAUUCCCCUCCAACACCAGAAAGACGAGGAAUCUCAUUUUUGAAAACCACCUUUUCCAGCCUGUUCCGAAUCCCGGUUAUCACUACUGGUCAGAAGUGAGAAGACAGCAGACAGGAAAAGGUCUGAGGUGCGGAUAAAAAGAAGAGACGCCACUCUGGAGAAGCUGAAACAAAAUGAAAAGGAAUAUUGUCAGAAUGUUCUGGAGCAGUGCUGAGGGGUGCUUUGCCUUGCUUCUGCUUCUCAUGUUCACAAGAGUACAAGAGGGUCAGGCCAUAUCAACUGGUGAUGCCAUAGACAUCUGUGCCACUUGUCAUGCCAAUGCUACGUGUGACAAGAAGACAGAUGGCAGUGGUGGGAUGGUCUGCAACUGCAUGUAUGGGUUUGUAGGAAAUGGGAGGACACAUUGCCAGGACAAAGACGAGUGCCAGAUUGGUGCCACCAACAUCUGUGGUGAACACACAGCCUGCUAUAACACGUAUGGGAGCUUCUACUGCACCUGUCUGGGUGGGUACAGCCCCUCCAACAGAUUGGCCACGUUCAUUCCAAAUGACGGAACCUACUGUAAUGCUGUGGAUUGUGGUUCCCCUCCUAUCAUUCCACAUGCUUUCCUGCUUUCAGCAACUGGAACAAGCUAUGGGAGUGUAGUUAAAUACAGUUGCCUCCAAGGGUAUGUCUUGAAAAGUGGAAAUGGCACGACCUUAUGUAACGCAGGGGGAGAAUGGGAAGGUCCCAGUUUGGUGUGUGAAGUUUUUGUAGAGAGAGGAAAAAAUCGCUGUGUUUGUACAGCCAACGGAUUCUGGGCGAAUAUUACUCUAACUUGUAAAGAAAUCAACUGUGGAAUACAGCCGCCUGUACAAUAUACUGAUAUGAUCUGGGACAACACCUCACAGCUUGGGAGUGUGGUUUACUAUAAAUGCAAGGAAGGAUUUUACACAGAGGAAGGAAAAAACUACUCUGUUUGUACAGCAAACAUGCGGUGGGAAAAUAUUACUCUAAAAUGCAAAAGGUAUUUGUAUCGCACUGUAAAAUUUGCAAUACUGUGUACAAUAGAAGUUGUAUUUUCAAUGUUUUUUUUUUUUUUCAGUCCCUGGGGCGACAAUGUCUACUGCAGCUUAACAGGCGUGCCUCAGUAUUACAUAAAGGUCGGGGUCCCCAAUAAGGUCCUGGUCCAGAAUAUAUAUUUUAAAAUAAUUACUUCUGUGCUUGUUUUAAUAUUUUCUUUUGUAUUUCUUUACAUUUUUUUUGUAGAAAUCCCUGCCAUCAGCGACCUUAAUUUUAAAGAAGGAUGUUUAAAAUGGAGAGCACACAGACUAAAGGAAACGUACAGCUUUAAAUUGGAGGGGCUUAGGGGCUAUCAGAAGGACUUCCUGGAUAAAAGGAUAAUAAACUUUACCUCAGGAGAUGACAAUCCAGAAAUCUGCUUGACCCUGCAGCCGGGGACAAACUAUACCAUCAACAUCACUGCACUGUCAGCAGGGUAUUCGAUACGGACCAGCAUCACUACAAGCAUUGCGGAUCCUCCGGUACCAGAAGUUGCGUUCAUAGUUGCAGAAGGCCCAUUGCCUCCUCUAAGACUCCUAAGAGCAGCAGAAACAAAUGGCCCGAUAAGUCUUUAUCAGGUGGUUGUCUUACCAAUGGAUGGGUCCCUUGUGUUCAACUGCAGCUCUGUCAAUAUGCCAAACUUCUACAAUAAGAAGGGGAGAAGGGGAGCAUAUGUGACGGCAGAGUUCCAUGCAGAGAAUAUAGCAGACGAGCUGGUCUUCAAUGUCGGAGAUCGCCAAUACUACGGGGACUACUAUAAUGCUCCUUUAGAGGGAGGGAGGGGCUACAACAUCAUACUGAGAGUGGUUAGCGAAUGGUGCAAGGUGAGGAAACAGUCCUGUGUCAACUGGGCUCAGACAAAGGGUUUAUCACACACCAUACAGCAUGUAACUAUUUUGGCUGGAGGAUCAGUGGGAGUGAUAGGAUUUAUUUUAUUCCUGGGUUUUUCCAUUGUUUGGUACUGCAAGAAGAGAUGAGACACGUGAUCAAAUGGCUGAUGACAACCUACAGUACCACUUCUCACCGGGAACACUACUCUUUCUAUUGACGAGCAAUAGAUUCAGACAAUGUUCAGACUGUUGACAUGCUUCCAGUAUUCAAUUCAAAGAGCUUGAUUUGCAGCUGCACUGAUUAAAGUCAAUGUAGUGCUUAGCUUGUUUUAGGGGUGUUUUAACCUCGGGGUUGUGAGUGUACUCCAAUCAACAUUUUAAUUGGAUUUAGGUAUUUAUUGAAAAAGCUUCUAUUUGCUUAAAUCUUGCUUUGAUGAUAAUCAGCACUACCAAUAACUAAUGCCAGACAGUUUUCAGCACACAAUGAUUCCAGGGGAGGUCCAAGCAGGAGUCUUAAAGUGUGUUGGCUCUGAAUCUCUGAGGCUAUUUUUUAUAUUGACUUUUUGAUACCUGAAUAACAACCACCCAUUGGGAAAUAUGUAGGGGUACCUCAUAUUUUACAUCCAAUCCAAUACGGGGUGACUGACAGCCAUCUUGUGAAUUUUCCCAUUACCGCGAUUUCCCCUUAGUCAAUGGUUUCCCCCUUAGUCAAUUAUUACCCUUUGUAUUGUGUAAGUGUGUGUUGAGUCGAGUUUGGAGAGAAUCUGCUCAGAAAUGUGUAUCUAGUGACCCUUUUUAACUUAUUAAAACAAAUUAAAAAACAAAAAAGUAGGUGAUUAUUUUGUAGUGUGUAUGUAUGUGUAUAUAUAUGAGAUAUAUGGUAUGGCUUAAUUUUUCAUGUUUUGAAUUGUCUCGUAAAAUAAAGUCUUCGAUUAUUUAACUGCCAUUGUCAGUAGCCGUAGCUGUAGUUUGUAGGCAAAUAAAUGAAAAAUAUUUUGAAUGCAUUUUUUUUUUCUUUUUUAACAUGUAUAGCGUGUGGUUGCAUUAGACUGAACUCAUAUCAUUUUAAUGUGAGAUGCUUAUCUGGUGUUUCUGUUUCUCCAUUUAAAAUGAUUUUGUUAAAAUAUUAGCUCCUUUUGCAAAACAAAUUAUAAAAACAAUUGUUAUUUGUGACAACAAAAAAAAGAUUUAAAUAUUGCUUCAUCAGAACCUGAUCUUCUAUAAAGCAUGUGCACAGUAGGUUCAUAACAGUUAAAAUGUGAUUGUUGAAAGCAUAGCUCUAAAUCAAUUAUCAGUAAGCUUUUAAAAGUGCCUUACCAAAUGUUGGAUAAAUGAGGUUAUUUUAUUUGCAAUGAAUCUAUGUUCAAUAAAUGGUGUUUUUCA